AUGAUGGAGAAAAAGCGUAUCCUGUAUUUUCUGUUGCUCUUGCAUUUUUUUAUGAUUCUUGUCACAGCAGCAGAAAGAGAAAGUGAGAGCCCUGAUGACUCAAUUCAGUUGGGGGUUACUAGAUAUAAAAUUAUGACAGCUCAGUAUGAAUGUUACCAAAAAAUUAUGCAAGACCCUAUUCAACAAACAGAAGGCGUUUACUGCAACAGAACCUGGGAUGGAUGGCUGUGCUGGAAUGAUGUUGCGGCGGGAACGGAAUCAAUGCAGCUCUGCCCUGAUUACUUUCAGGACUUCGAUCCUUCAGAAAAAGUUACAAAGAUCUGUGACCGAGAUGGAAACUGGUUUAGACAUCCAGCAAGCAACAGAACAUGGACAAAUUAUACUCAGUGCAAUGUUAACACACAUGAGAAAGUGAAGACUGCACUGAAUUUGUUUUACCUGACUAUAAUCGGACAUGGAUUAUCUAUUGCAUCACUUCUUAUUUCACUGGGCAUAUUUUUUUAUUUCAAGAGCCUAAGUUGCCAAAGGAUUACCUUGCACAAAAAUCUGUUCUUCUCUUUCGUUUGUAACUCUAUUGUAACAAUCAUUCACCUCACUGCAGUGGCCAACAACCAGGCCUUAGUAGCCACAAAUCCUGUAAGUUGCAAAGUGUCCCAGUUCAUUCAUCUUUACCUGAUGGGCUGCAAUUACUUUUGGAUGCUUUGUGAAGGCAUUUACCUACACACUCUCAUCGUGGUGGCUGUGUUUGCAGAGAAGCAACACUUGAUGUGGUAUUAUUUUCUUGGCUGGGGAUUUCCACUGAUUCCUGCUUGUAUACAUGCCAUUGCCAGAAGCUUAUAUUACAAUGACAAUUGCUGGAUCAGUUCUGAUACCCAUCUCCUCUACAUAAUUCAUGGCCCAAUUUGUGCUGCCUUGCUGGUGAAUCUUUUUUUCCUGUUAAAUAUAGUACGCGUUCUUAUCACCAAGUUAAAAGUUACACACCAAGCAGAAUCCAAUCUCUACAUGAAAGCUGUGAGAGCUACUCUUAUCCUGGUGCCACUGCUUGGCAUUGAAUUUGUGCUCAUUCCAUGGCGACCUGAAGGAAGGAUUGCAGAGGAGGUAUAUGACUACAUCAUGCACAUCCUUAUGCACUAUCAGGGUCUUUUGGUCUCCACAAUUUUCUGCUUCUUUAAUGGAGAGGUUCAAGCAAUUCUGAGAAGAAACUGGAAUCAGUACAAAAUCCAAUUCGGAAACAGCUUUUCUCAAACAGAUGCUCUCCGUAGUGCAUCUUACACAGUGUCAACAAUCAGUGAUGUUCCAGGUUAUAGUCAUGACUGUCCUAGUGAAAACUUAAAUGGAAAAAGCUUCCAUGAUAUUGAAAAUGUUGUCUUAAAAUCAGAAAAGUUGUAUGAUUAA